ACGUCAUACGCCGAUCGGUCUAAUCAGCGCCGCUUCAAGUCAAACACACCUAACGACUCUCAUGUAUGGAAGCUUGUUUCCGUCACUGAAUAAAAAAAAAAAAACGGUAAUUGCGACUUUUUAUCUCACACAAUUCUUUCACAAUUGCGAGAUUUCGAUUUUUUUCUGAUAAUUGUGUGAUAUGAACUUGUAAUUGUGAGAAAGAAAGUCAAAAUUGUGAGAUAAAAAGUCGCAAUGAUCUUUUUCCAUGGCGAAACAAGCUAGCUUCCAUACCCAUGAGCCGGUUAAUUUCAGUGAAUCAACAAAAUAGUCUAUAUCAUUUAGUCUAUUUAAAUAAAUGUUAGCCUACCACUUUAUUCGUUCGACUAUAUUUUGAUUUAAUAUGUUGAACGUUAGGACCAAUUAUUGGAUAGCAUUUAUGCUGCCUCUAAAAAGUCCCUGGAAAGAAAUUAAAUAAUCUUUGCGAUAAAUGUAGGCCUACAGGCUAAUACAUUGAUUUCUGAUGUGUUCUGUUCAGUUGAAAUAUAAACCGAUUCAAUCACUGGCAGCAGACUCAUUUGUUUGAAAUUUUUCUUUCUCAAAACAAGCAAAAGGAUCGUUAUUGGAACCAAAAUCAUUGAGAAAAACCAGAAUCGGAAGCAAAAUCUAUUUCCAUCUUUUCUCAGAAAACAUGCACAAUAAGUAGGCUACGUAUUAGUUUUAAUCCUCUGCCUGAGAUUGCAACAGUGAUGCAAGAAGGAGGCACAGACAGUCAUUUGAUGCUCUUUCCUUGUUACCUGGUGGGCGAGAGCCACUGACGUCACGUCCCCGUUACGCGCUGAGCUCGAUCUCCUCCGCGCUGCAUUCGGAGCAGCUCGUUUAAUCAAGAGCGUUAAACCCAUCUAAACCACGCGAGCCCGACAUCAUCAACAUCGGAUCAAAUAGAAAACUGAAGAUGCUCCAAUCCCUCGCCGGUAAUUCGUGUGUGCGCUUGAUACAGAGCAACAAAUCCGCGUGGUAUUUUCUGUUUCUGGUGCUUGGCUAUAUUCUGUAUCUCAUAUUCGGUGCGGUGGUGUUCUCCUCGGUGGAGCUGCCGUAUGAAGACGUCCUGCGCCAGGAGCUCAGAAAGAUCAAACGACAGUUCCUCCAGGAGCACGAAUGUCUGUCUGAGGAGCGGCUGGAGAGGUUUCUGUACAAAGCGCUCGAGGCCAGUAACUAUGGGGUGUCUAUUCUCAACAACGCAUCGGCUAGCUGGAACUGGGACUUCACCUCGUCUUUGUUUUUUGCAAGCACUGUCUUAUCAACCACAGGAUAUGGUCACACUGCUCCUCUCUCUGAUGGUGGGAAGGCUUUCUGCAUCAUUUACUCUGUAAUUGGCAUCCCUUUCACCCUCCUCUUCCUCACGGCUGUGGUGCAAAGGAUCAUGGUCUAUAGCACAUGGCGGCCCAUUAUGUACGUGCAUACGCGUUGGGGUCUGUCUAAACCCCUGGUGGCCCUUGUUCAUGCAACCCUGCUGGCCAUCGUGGCUGUGUCCUGUUUCUUCCUCAUCCCUGCCGCCAUCUUCUCUGCCCUAGAAGAGAACUGGAACUUUCUGGAGUCCUUCUACUUCUGCUUUAUCUCACUCUCCACUAUCGGUCUAGGUGACUAUGUGCCAGGAGAGGCCUUUAACCAGAAGUUUCGUGAGCUCUACAAACUGGGCAUCACUGUGUAUCUCCUCCUCGGUCUGAUCGCCAUGCUGGUGGUGUUGGAGACCUUCUGUGAGCUGCAGCAGUUGAAGCAGCUGAGAAAGAUGUUCUAUCUGAAGAAGGAGAAGCCCCAGGACCGCCUGGCCAUCAUGGAACAUGACCACCUGGCUUUUACCUCCAUGUCAGACGGUACAGUCACCUCGCCCCAGGAGGACAAAACAGAGCCCUUUGUUGACUUCCCUGUCCUAACCUCUCCGGGAGGUGAUGACCCUAUGAUCAAAUAGAUGUUUUAGCUUCCAUCAACAUAACCUUCAAUUGAGGAAGACAUCUUUAGCCGAGGGGUCCCGCAAGUGACUGGUUGGCCACAGAAUUGUGAAAAUUACUUGAAUAUAUCACUUGAGAUUCUGCGUAUUUAACAGCCGUCUACAAAACAAUGCAAAUCUGGCUUCCCAUUUCUUGACAUGAUGAAAUCGUUCAGUGUGCUUACUGGCUGAAUAUCUGAAAAUGAUCAUAAGCACACUUAGGCCUACUCUAUAAAAAAACCUGGGAACUAGAUUAAAAAGCAUACACAAUUGCACACUAAAAUCUAGUAUGUACUUGCCGAUUGAGAUUGUCGAAAUGGUAGAACCGCGACAGCAUUUGUGGUAUAAUGUUGAUUACCACAAAAAUUAAUUUCCACUUAUAUCUCUUUUUAAAGAAUGCAAAGCAAAAAUGUGGGUUUUAGUGAGGUACUUACAAUGGACGUGAAAGGGGCCAAUUUGUAAACACUAAAAUACUAAUUUCAAUAGUAUAAAACUAUUGUAUAAUAGUUUAAAUAGUCAUUGUUUUAUAGUAUAUACAAUAUACUAUCAUUGUAUGGACAAAAAAAUACAAUUGAAGUCAAUGGGACUUUGGUUAUCAACAUUCUUCAAAAUGAUGAGUACACGAUGGCAGAAUUUUCAUUUUUGUCUGGACCAUCCCUUUAAAUCCUUAAAAAAUUGGACCCAUUUAGUUUGUAAUUUUAAGACACUUACUAUAAUCUUUCUUUUUCUUCUUUUGAAAACAUGGAACAAUUUUUUUUGCAGACUGAGCUUAACGUAUUGCACCCAGAAUAUUCUUUUAAAGUCCAAAUUUUCCAAAAAUAGACUCUAAAUCAUAAAGCACUCUAGACCUCGAAUAAAGACCACUGUCUUCUCAGAUCUCCAUAAAUAUGUUGUGAGCGCUCGCAUAUAUGUAGUGUUGGAGACCUGUCAUCAAGCAUAGUAGUUGCAAAUCAUCUGUUAAGUUUUAUUUCAGACUCAUGUGAUCUACCUUGUGAGUUUGCUAACAGUAAGAUUUAAAUUUUAAGAUUUCAAGUAAGAUUUAAAUGAUAUUUUCUCCGAGUGACUAACAAAAAUAUUCUAGCAAUUUCAUGAAGCUGUAUUGCUCUAAUACAUUAAAAUGUUAAGACUAAGAUGCAAUAUAAUGCAGCAUAUACUGUAGCAUAAGUCAGUGUAGAAGUGCAAAAAAGUGUUAGUCUGCUUAAGGGGGAGUCAUUACACGUUUAGAAGACAGUUGAAAAUGUAACAUUUAUCUUAAAGGAGAAUUUAAAGGUGUUUUAAAGGGAAAAAAACAUGCCAUACUGUAUCAUUUUCUUGUUACAGUGUAGAAAGUGAUAUUUUACCUUGGUCUCAAUAUUAAGACGCUUGACAGAGCAAGUCAAUGUCAGUUUACAUGGAUUUUUUGAAUCCAAGGUCGAAAUAAUGGCUGGUUCCAUGUGUCUUUGUCCGGAGCUACUGAGAUCCAGCACAAUGUCGUUACAUACCAAAAAAAUAGCUGAUGAAAAUCUAGGAUUUCUGAAUUUUGGUUUAGUAUUAUUGACUAAUUGACUGUAUAACACUUAGAUCAUCCAGAUCUUUAACUGUGUGCAUUCAAAACAAUUUUGUGGCUAUUUAAUAAACAUAAAAGAAUGAAUUAUAUUUUUGAAACAUGCUUGAAGUGAGGUUUACAAUAGAAUGCUUGUGUUUGUAUUAUGAGAAUGACUGUUGUAGGCACAGAUCGAUGACUACUGUUUAUGGUCCCGUUGGAAGAUCACACUGUACAGCUGAUGUAUUUUCACUAUCACCGCAGUAGAAUGUCAUGACAUUUUUAUCAUAAUAGAAUAAAAGCUGAAUGUUUUAAGGACUCAUUUUAACAGCUGUUUUGUCUGACUGUAGGGAUUAUUUACAGAUAGUUCGGUUUUUAUAUUAAUAAACAUGCUGAAUCCGAGCUCAGGCCAUGGGAACUUGAAUGUGCUGAUGUGACAUAUUUAUUGUGUGAAAAAUGAAAUGCUUUGUGAUGUCACUGCUGGAUUCUUUGUGCUUAUUUGCCCUUAGUUUUUUGCAGCACGAGUCUCAGUAAUGAUCAGCUACAGUGUCUUAACAUUGUAUCAGUGCAGCACAAAAUCAUGUAUGUAUUAGUUAUUGAUAUUUUUUGUGUGUGCGUGUAUCAGUACACAGGGGCAUAUUGUCUUGAUCUGUUUAAGAUGUGUGUGAAAGACUGGUGAAUAAAUGUUGUCAUUUCCAUAGAUAAAAA